AUGGCGUCGGAAAUGGAUUCAGACACGGUCCUUGCUACCAACAUGGCGCCCAGCCUGUAUUUCUGCCCGGUUUGUGGUAAACCAUCCACGCAAGAAUCAUCGUUUACCCGCCAUGUGCAGUACUGCCGGCGACGGGCCGCCACCAAGCGGACAACACGGCCGCGGGCGUGUCGGCACUGCAGGGCGACCAAGAGCAAAUGCGACGCGCAGUGGCCUUGCAGCCGGUGUACAAGCAAGCACAAAGAGUGCGUCUACGACAAGCCGUGGCAUGUGGCAGAUGCUGCGAGCGAUUCAACAGCUGCCAAGGCCCCCAAGCCGGCUCGAGCGGCAGAGUGCGAUGCCCAGCAAACCUCAAGCGGUGCCGGUGCUGGGGCCUUGGUGACGUCCGCUUCCAGCUCCAGUUCCGAUACGGCUGCUGGCUCAAACUCCAACAGCCCGGCCGCCAGCGACGACAUGACCCUCCAUAGACCGUCAGGCAGACCGUCUUCUGGACAAGAAGAGGGGAAGGACGGUCAAUCAACGACCGAAGUGACGGUCGCAAUGUCCACUGCAGUUUCAGCCGCUCUUCCCGUGACACUGUCCGUUGCAGAAGCAGCCACGGGAAGGCUGACCUCGCCGAGUCUUGGUACCGGUAAUGGAAACAUGCCUAGUUUUCUGCUUCCUCAGGCGAUGAACAUGUUUGGGCUCAAUGGCUUCGGCAGCUUUGGAACCGACGGCGUUGCGUCCCCAUCGUUGGGGUUUCCUAUGGUGCCACCGUCGUCUGUGUCCGGGGUGAAUAUGCCUUCGCCCUUGUCGCUGCACUUGCCGUAUGCAGCGCCCCCGAACCCCAUCUUGGAAGUAUCGGAGCGGUCCUCGCCAUCGCCCAUAUCUGCAGAUCUUCGCCGCCUCAUCGUUUCCAUGGUUCGCACGUUCCCGCACAUGAUGACGAGACCCGGAAACAUGCCGCCGUUCAUCCAUCGCGUUGGGUGCGGGUUGCACUACGAUAGUGUGGAAGUGGAGAAACCCUUCUCGUCUGAAGUGACAGAUGGAAUGUCGUCAUCUUCAUCGUCAUCGUCAGCUUUGCUUUCUUCUUCUGUAUAUGGCCGGAGUGGUGUCCUCGACGCGCCUGACGGCUCCGUAUCGACGUCCUCACCCCAAAUGGCGCUGUUUACUCCACUCCCGAUCAUGGCUGCAUGUGUCGGUAUUUCCCAUGCAUUUGUUACAAGAAGCGCGCAUUCCGACGAGUUUUUGUGGCGAUCGAUCGACAAAGAGCACCAAAACAUUGUGAAUAGAUUGCGAUCGCUGUCGUUCGGCGAGAUAUUUGUUUCGAUCCAGGCGCUGGCCAUUUACACCACGAUGCGCUUAAUUGUCUAUGGCCGCGAAUACUUUUGCUCAGACAUGUCUCUCUUGGACACAAUGGGUAAACUCUCGGACCGCUUUCAUGAGCUUUGGCAUGGGCCGUUCACCCCCGCUCACUACGAGGACAGCGACCUGAUCCGCACUGAGAGGCCCAAGUGGGAAAACUGGAUCUUUGAUGAGACGCGCCGACGCAUCGUCACCAUUUGUUGGCUUAUGUCCCUCGCGGUCAACUCGCGGUCCCACACCUAUAAGCUUUCACAACCAGAGAAGUUCCCGUUACCAAGCAGCCGUCGCCUCUGGGAGGCAGACAGCCAAUCGGCAUGGGAACGCGAAUACGACAACCACCGGUUUGAGAAGCACAUCCUUUUCCAGAGUGCCAUGCACAGCAACCCAAUCAGCAACGGGCCCAGGUUCAAGCUGACUACUGUUGGUGAUCUCAGCCGGGCCAUCGACCGAGCGGUCGCCGACGAGGGAAGUUUUGGCUUACCGAGCAACAAAGCACUCUACGAGGACGAUCUCCUGGCUUACUGGCACGCGGGCGUGGACAGCCUGGGUAUGAUGGUGACCGCAGCUGCAGCAGAACACGCCUUUGAGCCUUAG